AUGUCUACAAAAUUAGAACAAGAGAACUGUAAGUUACUUGAAAAUAUUGAAGUAAUAUCUACGUGGAGUAGUAAUAAUGAUAGUAACAUGGAAAGUUUUGUUGAACCUUCCGAAUUAGAUAUAAAGGAUGACAAUGAAAAAUGUUUGAAUAUAUUAAAUGAUAAUUUAAUAUAUGAUUUUGAAAAAGAAGAAGAUGAGAAAAAAAAGAAAAACAAAAAAAAUGAAAAGUCUUCAUCCAAUAUUGAUUUGGAAUAUGAUACUAUGAAAAAAUAUAUAAAAUGCAUAAUUCAUAAUAAAGAAAAGGAAGAAUUUUAUUCAUUUAUGAAAUACAUAUGUGAUAGUGAUUUAUUUCUUACUUUUGUACAAUUAUUUUUAGAUUUAAUAAAGAAUAAAGAUAGUAAUUUAAAUCCACAUGAUUAUUUAAUAAAUUUUUUUCAAAUAAAUAUUGAAGAAGAAAAUAAUACAAAUAGUAUAAAAAGAAAAAAUUUAAUAAAAGAAAAUAAUUUCUAUAAAAAACAAAAUGAGGAAUUAAAAAAACAAAUUAAUAUAAUACAAGUGGAAAUAAUGGAUAUGAAAAAGAAAAAUAUGUGUAAUUAUAUCACAAACUUUUUUUUUAAAGAUAAUAAGCAAGAAUAUGAUGCAAGUAAAAUUUUUCAAAAAGUAAAUUUAUAUUAUGAAAAUAUUCGAAUAGAACCUCCAUUUUAUUUUACAAAAGAUACAUUUAAUCUUUUUAUUAAUUAUUUAAGUGAUAACAAAAGGAAUUAUAUAUAUAAUAUCAUAACAGACAUGUAUAAUAUAUAUGAAACAAAUCAUACUUUAUUUAUAACAAAAUUUUAUAAAAAGUUGACAAACUUUAUAGAAUUUUAUAGAUCAUUUGAUAAAUAA